CUGCCUGGCUGGUCCCGGAACUGCGGACUACAGCUCCCAGGCCUUCUCUAAGCCCCUACCACACAGGCUCAAAGCCACAAACCAGUAGGAGGUGGCUGUAUUGUAUCUAUUGUAUCCCUUGGCUGGUGCUUUUUUUUUUUUUAAACAAUUCUCUGGACGUGAAAUUGAGAGUGAAAAGCAUGGCAGAUGAACAAGAAAUCAUGUGCAAAUUGGAAAGCAUUAAAGAGAUCAGGAACAAGACUCUGCAGAUGGAAAAGAUCAAGGCCCGUCUGAAGGCUGAGUUCGAGGCUCUGGAGUCUGAAGAGAGGCACUUGAAAGAAUACAAACAGGAGAUGGAUCUCCUGCUACAGGAGAAGAUGGCCCAUGUGGAGGAACUCCGACUGAUUCAUGCUGAUAUCAAUGUGAUGGAAAACACCAUUAAACAGUCUGAAAAUGACUUAAACAAGCUGCUAGAGUCAACCCGGAGGCUUCAUGAUGAGUAUAAACCACUGAAAGAACACGUGGAUGCCCUGCGCAUGACAUUGGGCCUGCAAAGGCUUCCUGACUUGUGUGAAGAGGAAGAGAAACUCUCCUUGGAUUACUUUGAGAAGCAAAAAGCAGAAUGGCAGACGGAACCUCAAGAACCCCCCAUACCUGAAUCCCUUGCUGCUGCAGCUGCUGCUGCUCAACAACUCCAAGUGGCCAGGAAGCAGGACACUCGGCAGACAGCCACCUUCAGGCAGCAGCCUCCACCUAUGAAGGCCUGUUUGUCAUGUCACCAACAGAUUCAUCGAAAUGCACCUAUAUGCCCUCUUUGCAAAGCCAAGAGUCGGUCACGGAACCCCAAAAAGCCAAAACGGAAGCAAGAUGAAUGAAGAGAAGGUGGAGGGAUAGACCUCUGUUGAUCGUAAACCCUCUUUGGUUUGAGUGAUAGAUGUUCUGAUUUUUUAAUAUCCCUCCCUUAUCCCUACUGAGUCUUCUAUUUAAUUUGCUGAAAGAAUAACCCCUUUCUUGUUUCUCUUAUUUCUUUCUGCUCUUGGAAGUUGUGGUUUAAGAACAGCUGUGCUUUGGGUGCUAAUCACUGAGUCUAAUGACCCCUUCUCUCCCAUUCACAUUUCUAUUACUGACCCAAUUUGGAACUGACUGAGCGGUAAAAGGCCCUAGUUGAUGCUUUCUUUUGUUCCUGAGGACUGGAGCCUAAUGAGCUGUAGGGUGUAAGGACUGGAGGAGCUCCAUGCCUUGCUUUGGAAAAAGGCUUCAGUGAUUUCCUUCCCUCUGUUUUGGCCUUAGGUUAUGAAGGGACAUUUACAUUAUUUUUGAUGAACUUCCCAGGGGGCUGAAUGCAUAUAUCUCCCCCAGUAGUCAGGUUAUCAUUAAAAUCCAGGGGUAACUUAGACAAGUGUUCAUUUUAUAUAAAAUUGUGAGGCCCUGGUGUUAUUCUAUAGUUCUACACAAGUCUUCCAGGUAUACUGACGUUCUUACAUACUAGACAGGGCAUCUUCAGAAUUGCAAGAUCUGUGAAUCUUUCUCCAUACUUCUAUUAUUUGAAAAUUAGUAGACAUUUACUAUAGUGAAACUAGAGACCAAGGUCCAUGCUACAAGAGUCACCUAGUUCACUGCCUAAAAUACCAGGUCUUAUUGCUGUAUAUACCAGGAAUUGACUUGGACUGAGGAACCCUAAGCGGACUUUAACUUUGAAUUUUGUUCAAAAACAUUACUCUAAUACCUGCUCAAUGGUCUAUCAUUGUGAGGAUAAAAAGGGAUAUAAUGUUAUUUGAAUGCCAAUCAUUUUAUAUGUGUAAGUGGGUAGGGCUUUUGCUUUUCUAUUCUUUCCUACUUUUGUUGUCUAUGAGGUAGCUUCAGUUAAGGGCAGUUGGUCACCCCUUUUCUAUGGGUUAUGUAGGUGACCUUUCUUCCCCCAAGAAAAGGCACUUAAGCUCUUUAAGCUCCACAGCUCAUUCCUUUAUCAAAGCUAAGCCUCCUAGUCAUGUCUUAGAUCUACAGGAUGAAAUCUAGGGCUGACUGAUGAAAAAGAAUCAGCUCCAGGUCUCUAUCCCUGACUGGGGAGAAGAGGGAGAUAUUUAUCCUAUUUUUCUUUAACUUUUGGUUUUAUGUUACCAUAUUAUAUCUUCAAGACAUCAAUGUUUCCUCUGCCUUUUGAAAGUAAAACUGUUAUGAUAUGAUUUCAUAAAUCCUUUUAAAUAAAUGUUCAUU